GCUGCCAAAACAGCGGUAUCCAUGACAACCGUUCUGUCAAAACAGUUCAACCUCGGCGGUGUUGAUAAAAUUGUAAAUUAAAAUGUGUUUAAAGAAUUUGCGUGUUAGUGGAAGCAUAUAAUUUAAUCGACUGAAAGAAAAUAAAAGUAAAUCAAAAUGCCGGAGCUAGUCGAGCAGAUGUACUGCUCCCAGCAGAUAGUGAUUCCUCCGAAGUUCCCCUACAUAUUGAAGAGAUUUUGUAAAGCGGCAAUUAAGACCCAGCCAUACGAUCUCCUCCGCUGGUCCUUCGAAUAUUUCAAGGCGCUGGCCGAAAACCGUCCCCCACCUGUUAAAUUAAGGCUUGAAUAUCCCAUCUACAGCACUGAAGGCGGGCUCACUCGUGGAUGUCUGAAGGUUAUCGCUCAUCAGUUGCUAAACAUCGGCAAGAAUCUGCCCCUAUACCUCAUCAGGAAAGCCUGGCGUGGCUUCUGCUUGGAUCCCAAUGAGUUGAGGAGGAUUUUUUGUCUCUGUGAGGUUUACAUGAGGCAGGAUUACGUUCCGUUGCUGCAUUUUAUUGCUGUGGCUGGUGGGAUGCUGACUAAGAAUCUGACCUACACCAUGAUUCUUCUCUGCGAGGUUCUCACCAAGGAACCAGACGGUGGUUCAGCAGCCAUUCCUGCCGAUGACUUCCUUGCCAUGUACCUGUUUCUAGCCCGGAUGGACGCUUCCAGGGAUAUUAGAUACGUCAACGGGUAUAGGGAAGGAGAGACUCCUAGACCAGAAGAGGAAGAGAUAGAAGAAGAAGAGACACUUAGUGAAGCUACUGUUGACCCUUCCCUAGAUGAUUUCUGGCAAGGCGCUGGUCAUCUUCGUCGGCUAAGCCUAGUCGAUGACUCGGUGACCACCAAUCCGAGACUCAGCCAGAGAUCAGCCCUGCCACCUAUAGGACGGGUCGCCAGGUCGCUGUCUGCUGAAAGAGCGGCGCAGAUAGAGAGGGAGAAUUAUAUGAGGGAGAGAAAAGAUAGAGCUAUACUGGACGAAGAUGUUGAAGCAAAGAUGAAGCAGCUAAGUUCAUCCAUAGUGCAAGAUAAAGCAGGAGAUGAUAAAGCGAAAGAAGAAGACGCUGAAGAAAAAGAAGAAUUCAAACCGAUCAGAGUUUGGGACGAGGAUGACAAAGAGAUUCCAUUUGAAUUUUACGGUGAACCUAAAAUCGAAGACGACAAUUUAGAAGAACAGCAGAAGGAACUAGAUGGAGAGGAAGAGACCAAACAAGAGGCUGAGCACGAGGAAUAUAUACAAGACAUGAUAGAAGAACUGUAUCAAGCGCGUGCGCAGAGACUGGCAGACCUGGAACAGACUUUCGAGGAUAUAGCUCGCAUCGUGGAUAAAUUCAAAUUGGCCAAUUAUGAUCUUGGAAUGGUGGCUGGUCGUCAGAUGUCCAUCACCAGCGGAGAGUUCAUUGUGCAGCACAUCGAGAAGGAGAUCAUGGACUACAUUGACGAGCAGAUUGCUGUUUUGCCUGACCCUGACUUGAAGAAGAAGAAGGCUAAGCCAGAAGAAGUAGAGAUGGUCAGAAAUCUGCUCUAUAAUUUCCUGGAUGAGAACAUGGACAUCAUCGUGCCAGAGAUCGAAGAAGUGGAGGAAGAGGAACUGCCAAUUCCCGAGAUCGUGGUGGUAUACGCAGUACCCGGAAUCGGUCCGUUUGUGUCCGAAGAAAUGAUUUGUGAUGUUGAAGAGUACAUAGCUGACGUCAGCAAAAACCAAGCUGAUAUGGUCAUGCCAAGGAACUUCAGGCAUUUCCUUAGUCCGCCUUUGGAGAAAUUCGAGGAAUACCAAUGCGAAGAUCACAAGAAAGAGGAACUCGCCUGCUCUGGUGUAUUUACCAAUUAAAAGAUAUAUUUAUUAAUUUUGUAUUUUAAUCACUGAAGUCUAAAUAGUUGUUGAUGCACUGUAAUAUUUAUAGUUGAUUAAAUUCUUUACUUACUGUA